AUGAGUAGUUCAAUUUUGCUUCUCUCCUUUUUAUUGCUCUUCAUCUCUUUGGCUGCUUCUACUUCCAAUCAUACUCAUAGAUGCUCUUCUACACAGAGUCGUGCUUUGUUUUCAUUUAAACAAACUGUUUUCUCUAUUACCGACUUAUACAAUUACAACGACGGUGAAUGUCGUGCUUGGCUUGGUUCCCGAUAUUAUCCGAUCAUGAUGAAUUGGAGCACGAGUAUUGACUGUUGCGAUUGGGAUGGUGUCAUUUGCAACCACUUCACUGGUGAUGUGAUUGCUCUCGACCUUAGUUGUGCCAUGCUACGAGGUACCAUCCACCCUAACUCCACCCUUUUCAACCUUCCUCGCCUUCAAAGACUCAACCUUGCUUUCAAUGAUUUCACCGAUUCCCAACUUCCACGUGAAAUUGGCAGGUUUGUUGAUAGUCUUACGCAUCUCAACAUCUCUCAAUGUGGGUUUACAGGUCAAGUUCCUUCGGAUAUCUCACUUCUUCGUAAAUUGGUGUCUCUUGAUCUCUCUUCGAAUGGGGUCUCUUUGCAACUCAAACCUCGUGUUUUGAACAAUCUCCUUCGAAAUUCUACUCUUUUGAGAGACCUUUCGCUUGCGGAUGUUAAUAUAGGUUUGGUUUUACCCACUUAUCUUGACAUACCUCCCUCUUUGAAAUUACUUAACCUUAGUUUCACUGGUUUGCAAGGGAAAUUACCUGAUAACAUCUUCAAUCUUCGAUAUUUGGAAAAACUUGACUUGUCAUACAACAAUGACCUUGAUAGUCGAUUGCCCGAAGUUAACACGAGCACUAGCGUCGCUCUCGAGUGGUUAUCUCUCUCGUCCACGAAUUUAUCGGGAGAGAUACCUUACUCAAUUGGUCAUCUCAAGUAUUUAAAUUACUUGGAUCUCUCACUGAACAAAGGUUUAUCAGGAGAGAUACCCUACUCGAUUGGUCAUCUCGAGUCUUUGAAUACCUUACGUCUUGAUUACUGUGGUUUGGCGGGUUCCCUACCAAAAUCCAUUGUUAACCUUAGGCACCUUACUACUCUAGAUCUAUCAUCUAACAUGCUUAACGGGAGCUUACCAUCGGGUUUCUUUGCCUUACGAUCAUUAAAGCUGUUAUCCCUCACACAAAAUCAGUUUGUUGGCAAGAUUGAUGUGCUUGAUCAAGAUUCCAGUUCACAAUCAUUUCGGCAACUCGUCAACCUCACUCACCUUGACCUUUCGUUUAAUAGUUUUAGAGGUGUGUGGGAGUUGGAUGCAUUGUUAUCAAGCCUCACAACCCUGGUAGAACUCCGUCUCUCACAGAGUGGUUUAUCUGUUGUCACCAAUAACGCCAAUCGCUAUGUGAAUCCUGAUUUUCAGUUCUUACAUUUGGCAUCUUGCAAGCUAAAGGUGUUCCCAGAAUCCUUAAGAGCCAUGAAAAAACUUCAAAGUUUAGAUCUAUCUAGCAACGAAAUCCAUGGCCACAUUCCUGAUUGGGCAACGGAGAUAGGAGGAAAGGGUAUGUUCCAUUUGGAUCUCUCACAUAACUUCAUAACAGGCUUGCCGCGAUUCCAAUGGGAUGGACUAACAGAAUUGCAUUUGGAGUCCAACAGGAUUGAAGGACCAUUCCCUCCUUCAAUUUGCAACCUGAGCAAUAUAUGGUAUUUGAAUAUCUCUGAUAAUCUGUUUGGUGGAGUGAUUCCACAAUGCAUUCAAAAUAUCCACUCGUCUCUUUGGAUCGCAGAUCUGGGGAACAAUUUAUUUCAUGGUAGCAUUCCAAAUGCAUACAAGGAUUGUGGACAGUUACAGGGGCUUAUUCUGAAUGGAAAUCACUUAGAAGGAGAGGUGCCCAGUUCUUUAUCUAACUGUCAAUAUUUGGAAGUGCUUAAUCUAGGAAACAACCUCUUAAAUGGCACAUUCCCUAGCUGGUUGGGAGAUCUUCCAUUUUUGCAAGUUCUUGUCCUAAAAUCCAACAAAUUGCAUGGUCCCAUCAAAACCUCUUCUGCAGGGAAAGCCCCAUUUCCAUGUCUGCAGGUCCUCGACUUAUCUAAUAAUGGGUUUGUAGGUGAUCUCCCUCGACAGUAUUUUCAAAAUUUCAAUGCUAUGAAAAAUGUGGUGAAGAAUGGCACAAGAUCAACAUAUUUGAACACGGGUGGUAUGUAUUACUCGAUCGUUGUUGCUGUGAAAGGAGUGGAGCAGAAUUUUCCAAAGAUUUACGUUGACUACACGAUUAUCGAUCUCUCGAGCAACAAAUUUGAAAGCAAGAUUCCUGACAUCAUUGGUAAUCUUAGUUCGUUGAUAGUGCUCAACUUAUCCCACAAUAGCCUCACAGGUCGAAUCCCAAAUGCCCUAGGGAAUCUCUCGGAGAUUGAAUCGUUAGACCUAUCUCGGAACCAACUCACAGGAGAGAUCCCUCAAAGCCUUGCAGCCUUGACAUUUCUUGGAUUCUUGAAUCUCUCUCAAAACCGUCUUAUGGGGCGUAUUCCAGAAGGAAAACAGUUCAACACGUUUGAAGGAAACUCGUUUGGAGGUAACCCUCAACUCUGUGGGCUUCCGUUGCCGGAGAAAUGCGAGCGUCCACACGAACCACAACUUGAAACCGAUGGAGACACGGAGAGUGAAUUUACAUGGAGAGCGGUGAUGUUGGGAUGUGGUUGUGGGACAAUACUUGGAUUGGUGAUGGGAUAUGUGAUGUUGUGUUAA